CAGGAAAUUGGACAACCCGCGAGACUUUGGUGGGCGUGGAUUCAGAGGAGAAGCUUCCUGCUCGGGUGAACACGUGGUUCCGCGUCUGCUUGUCUGUCAGUGUGAAGGUUUCCAGCCUUUCUCUCGUACCUCUCCCUGUUUAUCCUCCCGUACCACACAGCAGACCUUAUCCUCUCUCUACUCCGUCCCACCCGCACCUCCUCCUGCUACACUUUGCUUCUUCUCUGUGCGACAGCUCCCGAGGCACAGCCAGGCCGCGGUCACUUCAACGUGUAUCCGCUCAGUGAGGGAGGGAGAGAGAGAGGGGGGGAUAGUGUGUGUGUGUGAGAGAGAAAGUGUGUGUGUGUGUGUGUGUGUGAGAGAGAGAAAGAGAAAGUGUGUGUGUGUGUGUGUGAGUGACGGAGUGUGUGAGUGCGUGUGCGCGAAACCGGUCCAUCCGUGUUAUUAUUUCUCCCACGAUCCCGCCUCGUUAUUCGGCCAUGACGCUGGAAGCGAUCCGCUACCGGUCCGGGUCUCUGCAGAUCCUAAACCAGCUGCUGCUGCCACACAAGACCGCUUACGAUGAGAUCCGCUCGGUGCAGGACGCUUACGAGGCCAUCAAGUCCAUGAAGGUGCGGGGCGCCCCGGCCAUCGCCAUCGUCGGCUGCCUAAGCCUGGCUGUGGAGUUGCGGGCAGGCGCCGGGGGGGACGAUCCCGUGACCUUUAUUAGGGAGUCUCUGUGUCACCUGACCUCAGCUCGGCCCACCGCCGUCAACAUGGGCCGCGCCGCCCGCGAGCUGAUGGAGUUUGCUGAGAACGAGAGCAUGGAGAAGAAUUCGGAGCAGCUCAGAGAAAGUGUAAUUGCCUGGAUCGAAGACAUGCUGGAGCGUGACGUCAAUGACAAUAAGAAGAUCGGGAACUAUGGCGCCCAGCACAUCCUGUCUGGCGUUCCGAGGGACUCUGUGACCAUCCUCACACACUGCAACACCGGCUCGCUGGCCACUGCUGGAUACGGGACCGCACUCGGUGUGGUGCGAAGCCUCCACGCGCUGAGCAGGCUGAAGCGUGUGUACUGCACAGAGACGAGGCCGUACAACCAGGGAUCCAGACUGACGGCUUAUGAGGCGGUAGCAGAGGGAAUCCCUGCUACACUUAUUACAGACAGCAUGGCAGCCCUCACCAUGAGAGAAAUGGACAUCACAGCUGUGGUGGUGGGUGCAGACAGGGUGGUUGCCAACGGCGACACUGCCAACAAGGUGGGCACAUACCAGCUGGCCAUUGCCGCAAAGCACCAUGGGAUUCCGUUCUAUGUUGCCGCACCCAGCACGUCAUGCGACUUGAGCCUAGAGAGCGGCAGGGACAUCGUCAUAGAAGUGCGCCCCCCUGAAGAACUCACCAGUAUAAAUGGAAUCCCCAUUGCUGCCCCGGGUAUCGAGGUGUGGAACCCAGCGUUUGACGUGACCCCUCACCAGCUCAUCACAGGAGGCAUCAUCACAGAGCUGGGAGUCUUCCUCCCCUCUGAGCUCCAGGCGGCACUCACCGGCCGCCUCACUGCCCUCUAGAGCCUCUCAUCCCCACCUGCUGGUCCGUGUGCACCACUGCACCUUAACGUCACACACUCAAAGACACUCAUUUCAUCACAGAACACACACACACACACACACACACACACACACACACACACACACACUCAUAGUUGUGUUAUAAUUUAAUUUUGGUCAAUGCACAGUCCCUGUUACAUGUCAGUGGUGCACACAGAAAAAAUAUCAGUGUAUCAGUCUCUUACUCACCCACAUACACAUUCACUGCAGGGAGUCAAGCAGACACACUCCACUUUCUUUCAUGUCCCUCUUUGUUUUCUAUGGGCUUACCAAUUUCACCUUUUCCCAAGUUUUCCAUCCCAUUUUUCAUUCUCUCUUGCCGCCUCUUUCUCAUGCUAAAUGGCUUCUGUGACAACGAAUAGUGAUCAGCUGAACUCAAUCCCAUAAAUUCUAUUUGGCAAAAAAAAUGAUGGAGUCAUUUUUCAGGACUUCAACUACAAACUAAAAAACUUCCAAAAUGUCUAAGUGGCAUGACUGUUUAUUUCAUUUCAAAGUAGUGUUUUUUUUUCUCAGCCACGGUUUCUAAAUGCUGCUACCCACUUGUAAAUAAAUACAUAUUCUUGCUGGUAGUGUGUACAUAUGUAGAAGACUAACCCCUGCUAGUAAAAGGUACUGCUAUUUUAACCAAAUAUGUGGUUAUUUGAAAUUUAAAUUUGACAUAAAAAAUGUUAUAUUAACAUUUCAUUUAUUUGCGUAGAAAUAUUUUUUAGAGGAAUUAUCCAAAUUUAUAGCUCAUACAUUUUCACAACCAGAUUUUUAGUGUUAUGAACAAUUGUAUUUCACUCUCACUUUUUACCCCGUGCAGCAAAAUUUGGAAUUUCUUGAUCAGUCCUCGUUGGUCAGCUGAAGCCUAUGACAAUACAUGUAUUUAUACCUCAUUCCUUGUUUGUAUCUUGCUAUUCCCAGUUGUAUUUUAUCAUACCAUACAUGUAUUCUCAUAAUGUACUUCUAUAUAUAUAUAUAUGUAACCAUACUUAUUUCAGCACCAUACAAAUAUUCACCAUAUUGCAAAAGACGCUCUGUAAGAUUGAAAAAUCUUAAAAAAAAAAUAGAAAAAAAAAAAGUGAGUUAAAUUAGAGGGAAAUUGUGUAAUUUUGCCAUAACAGCUUUUGCCAUGAUCUCAGAGGUCUGUUAUGCUGUUGUAUUUCUGUAAUACAGGCAUCUCCAUUAAAGGAAUAGUUCACCCCAAAAUAAAGGUUUUGUCAUCUGCUCACUUGCAUGUCAGUCAAGACUCAAGACUAUAUGUCAGACUAUAUGGCAGGCUAUAUGGCAGGCUUUUCUCAAAUUAAGGUCAUCGUUUUACAGCCUAGAAAAAUAAAAAAAUGUAAAAUUAAUAAUCAAAUGGUUAAACUUGAUAAAGAACUCUGCUUGCCACUGAAGGGUGUGUUCAACUAGAUAGAAUGUACACUUCACUCUUCAGCUUCACGGAGUGUUUUAGCUUCUUUCAGCUUAUUGUUUUGGUGUUACAGCCAGCAACUUUACUGUUUUGAUUCACUCUUCGCUGUACUCACGACUUCGUUUAGUUUUAAAGGACGCUGUUUUGGAAAAGCUCUGGUAGAACCACUGCACUCUACCUGUUUAGCGCCGAAACAACAGACGGACACAGUAAGCGACUUACUUGUUUAUAUUCCCCUAGGGAGUUGGUGGAGACCAAAACAGAGCUGAAUUGAGAGUAAAUAUUGGUUUUGAUUUGUCAGUUGGACACAAACAUGACUCCACAUUAAUGAUUAGGUUGCUCUGUGUCCACAGGAUGCAUACCUAAGCAACGGUUUGCUAAAAUGCCUUAACAACUUUAUAAGGAGGUAAUAUGACAAUGUUGUGUUUACACCUUGUUGCGUUGCCCCCAAGUAGCUAAAAAAGCAAUUAAUGCAGGUCUAAAGACCCUCGGUCUGGACAUUAUGCAGGUAUUUGAAAGUGUUUAGGGAAAGCAAGGCGUGUAUUGUAUUUUACUUUAUAGAUCUGUGAAAAGAUGGUUUUAACUUUAGUUACUCAGAAGUCUAAGAGAGAAAUGUGAGAACAACUAGUGUGGCCACACACUGCAGAGUUCAUCAACAACUUGAUGUGGGAAUGAGCGGUAGAUGACUUCAUGUCUUUAUUUUGAGGUGAACUAUUCCUUUAAGAUUGGUGGGGUCUUAUCCAUACUGAAGUAUCUGUCUGCAGAGAGCUCUGCGACACAGUGUGAUGCCAUCAAAAAUCAGAAUGUAAUAUUAAACUCAGAUGAACUUGCUUUUUGGCAGGACAGAUUUCAGACACUUCUUGCCUAUGUGCUCUGUUCAGAAUGUGUUUCGACUUUUUUGCAUUAAACUGAAAUGCUGUUUUACUUAAGACUUGACUUCCAUCAGAAAAAUAAUCAGUAACUAUUUGGAUAACAUAAAGGCUUAUGUUUUGGUUUUUUUUCAAGCAAAAAGGCUAAAUGUGAAUAUUUGCAGUUUUGUCAUGAGAAAUCUCAUGAAUGAAUUAAUAAUUAAUUGCAGCCCUACCUUCAUCAUGCACCCUUAUUGACUCUCUAGUUUUAAAACCUGACAGUGACCUAGUAUUUGCCCAUAACCACUAGUUAUUGAUUGUGUGAAAGAUGUGUUACUGGCCAGUCAUCCGACAAUGCGUUUGUUCUAAGUGGCUCCGUAGAAAAUUCCCAGAUAUCUCGAUCUGUAUGGGACACACCUACUCGCUGCACUGAAUGUCACAGGGCCAGACUCGGGGUGGCCCACACUAAUCACUGCCUUACAGGUGCAGCACCAAUAUAGCUCACUGAUGUGAACUGGCAUCAUGACCGGAUAGACAGCAGCCCCUCAGUCCUUCCUUCACCCUGGUUUAUAUCAUGUAGCCAUAUCUUUCAACCCUGGCCACAAAAUAUGCUAGUCUACCUUCUUCACACACCCCUUCUGACCUCAUACAUUGUCCUUUUGGACUUUGUCACUAACUUUAUUCAUUUAAACAAGUGACAAAUA